AAAGGAUUUUAGGGGGGUUAUGAGGGGCGGGAGUGCGCGCUUGUAGCCAAGAGAUCCGCUGCCACGUGACCCCUGUCACCCUCCCCACCCCCUCGCGCGCACACCUUCAAGGCACGUGCUUCUGUCUGAUAAACACAGGCGGUGACUACAUGUGCAAACUGCGUACUUCACACAGUGCUGCUGGUGGAACAAGCCAGCAAGAGCCAGAUGACUUUCGCCCGUUGUUAGUCACGGUUGUCACUCGAGUUGCUAUAGGAGUGUAUCCAGGGCUUGCUAGGCGAGGGCGGUAUUCAGAAAUGUGUAAAAUGUGACGAUUUUUAAGAAAAGACCGCGCUUUUGGCGGCCGAAGGGUUGUGUGCCGUCAGUGUUUUGACACAAACUAUUAAUACCUUUCAUCGUUUCGCUUUUUUGGUGAUAAAGAUGUGUGGCUCACUUCCCACAAGGCCCAGCGGGUUUCCAUGGACGACAAGCUAAAAGGUUUACCUAUCAAAACUACGCACAGUUGGCGAUAAUAAAUGACAAAUAAAACUGGUCUAGCGCGCUUGUGUAAUUUAUUUCCUAACUCUUACUCUAAGCUAGCAUGUGCAGAACACGACAUUCACCAAUGAAGUCAUAGCUCUUCAAAAUUGGUCUGAUUUUUUUUACAAAAAAGGGUUCUCGAGAUACAGACAGGGGGAUAUCCAGCCCAUCGAAGAACUCGUGCCACGGAGCGACUCACGCCUUCAUAUAAAAUAAUAGACAGCACGGCAGGCUAAGCAUGUCCUUUCAUACAAUCAGCCUUAGGUACUGUUCUAAGGACAUUCCUUUCCUCGUAACAAAACAAAAGCACUGCAAGUAAAAAGACACCCCGUAAGCCUGGCAUAUCCGAUAUUUCAAGAAAAAUUAGAAGUAUAAAAAUGACCGUGAUCUAGUGUGAAAAGGUAAUAUCCGGGCUAGGCUUAGCUCGCUUGAUCUAAAGCACUAAUUGCUUAUACACUUGUAAGUAAGAGGUCGCACUGCGGUCACUCAAAAUUGUAAUCAUAAUUAGAAAACAUAUCUAAUAACAUCCAAACACGUAUAGCGAAAAUGCUAAAAGAUUGGGUGUGACUUGAAUGUAGUUUAAAAUAGGGUGGCGUUUGUUGCUUUCCUGUUUUCUUUGAUUUAUUUUUAGAGACUUUAUUCGACUGAAGAUCGCUUUUAAAUUGAGCUUAAAUGUUGUCGUCGGCCGUGAUGUUUUGCCUGGUCGGGCGCUAACAGAUCAGUCGCUAAUCGAUCCCUGACGUAGACCAAGCAGCACCACUUGUGGGUUUCACUGUCUCAAAUUCUUUUUUCGAAAUGCUUCAGGCGGAUAGAAACCUCAUCGAUUAGCUUUAGAGAAUUGUCUACAAAAACAAAGCUUUUCCUGAUUAUAAAGACUAUAUGACACUAAGGUCUUAAAAAGUGUAGCCGGCCGAAAGCAUUAAUGUUUUAUGCCCUAACCGCAGUAUAAGGACUUGGUCUCACUUCUCGAAUGCAUCACGAAUUUAGCAGGAGCGUUUGGUGACAACCUUUAUCUGUUUGGACACUAAACUCAGGCACCCUUUGCCUCUUGGCAAUAUAGAACCAUUCCUUCACAACAAGAAGAUAAUUGGAUCGAGAUUAAAGGGAAGCUUGUGGGGGCUAAAGUGCUGUUCAGAUUAAAGAAUCUACCAUGACUAAUAGAAGCAACGUGACCGGGACUCCUGGGGUGGCAGCUGAGACCUACAGCCUACCGGAAGUGUUCGCUUGGGGAUUCGCAUUCGGCGUGGAAGCGUUCUUGAUCGUUUGCGGCAAUAUCGUCACCAUCUCGACAUUUAUCAGCACCAAGAGACUACGGCGGCAGAGCACAAUCUUACUCAUCAACCUUGCGACCGCUGACCUGUGUGUUGGCGCCUUGGCGGUUCCUCUCUUCAUCUACGUUUUUGUGUCGUACUACUGGCGCGGUCACGUGACAACUACUGCCGACAAGCUCCAUCGCAUCGUCGAUAGCACAAGCGGGUACGCGUCUCUCUUUUCCCUGGUGUUGGUCUCCUUAGAGCGCGUGCGCGUCAUAGUAUGGCCGCUGCACAACAGAAUGACGACUCGCCGGUGUUGUCUAUUUUCCGUGGCGGUCACGUGGAUGGUAGCUUUGCUGAUGCCGUUAUUGGAUCUCGCGGCCGUUUACACUCGCAUGCCCGGCUCCGUCUAUGUAGCAGUACCUUUGGUUGGCGUGUCACUUAUUGUCAUGUGCGUCGCGUAUGCUGUUAUCUGGGUUCAGGUGAAGUAUAAGCGGCAAAAGAUGCACAAGAGACGAUCUCUCGAGUUUGAGCGAGCCUUUGCGGUAACCCUGUGCAUCGUAACAGUGACGUCAGUGGUCACGUGGUUGCCGUAUCAGGUGAUCUUAUUCGCUGAGACGCUGUGUCGAAACUCGGGCUGUCCCUUCGUCUCCAACAACGUGUUGAACAUUAGCAAACUUCUCCACUUCGGCAACAGUCUCGUGAAUCCCAUAAUCUACAGUCUAAGGUUCCCAGAAUUUCGCAAGGCCGCGGUUCACGUUAUGAGCUGGUAUCGCGGAAAAAAUGAGCCCAGAGGACAGGAUGCUGUGCUCAUUCAAAUGAAGGAUGUCGCGAAUGAUGAGCCCGCGAACAAUACUGCCAAUACGUCUGUUCGUUGGACGUGGCGCUCGCGGAGCAUGCGCGGGUCCAGCAAAAGCAACGGAAGCCCGAGGUUGUGACUAUGCUUCUGGCCACACUACGGCAUGUGCUUAGCUGGUCAGCGGUCGCAGAGGGGAAAGCAAGAGAAGAGAAGAAUAUCCCACGUGUGAAUGAUUGUAGGGAGACAUAUGUAGCUCUCGCUAAACUUCUGGACAAGGCCGGAUAUGUCAUGCAGAAUAUGUAGCUUGGCGGUCUCGAGGGGAAAGCUAAAAAGAGGAAAUUAUGUGUGAAUAUUAAACGAAGACAAUGGGUACCCUGGUGAUUCUACUUUUAGCAUCCGUUAUAUUUUGGCCAAAGCCUGGGACAUCCUACUUGUCACACAACACCUCUUUGCUCAAGGCUGGGACAUCGUACCUGUCACACAACACCCCUUUGCUCAAGGCUGGGACAUCCUACUGUCACACAACACCUCUUUGCUCAAGGCUGGGACAUCCUACUGUCACACAACACCCCUUUGCUCAAGGCUGGGACAUCCUACCUGUCACACAACAUCCCUUUGCUCAAGGCUGGGACAUCCUACCUGUCACACAACAUCCCUUUGCUCAAGGCUGGGACAUCCUACCUGUCACACAACAUCCCUUUGCUCAAGGCUGGGACAUCCUACCUGUCACACAACAUCCCUUUGCUCAAGGCUGGGACAUCCUACCUGUCACACAACAUCCCUUUGCUCAAGGCUGGGACAUCCUACUGUCACACAACACCCCUUUGCUCAAGGCUGGGACAUCCUACCUGUCACACAACAUCCCUUUGCUCAAGGCUGGGACAUCCUACCUGUCACACAACAUCCCUUUGCUCAAGGCUGGGACAUCGUACCUGUCACACAACACCCCUUUGCUCAAGGCUGGGACAUCCUACCUGUCACACAACAUCCCUUUGCUCAAGGCUGGGACAUCGUACCUGUCACACAACACCCCUUUGCUCAAGGCUGGGACAUCCUACUGUCACACAACAUCCCUUUGCUCAAGGCUGGGACAUCCUACUGUCACACAACAUCCCUUUGCUCAAGGCUGGGACAUCCUACCUGUCACACAACAUCCCUUUGCUCAAGCCUGGGACAUCCUACUUGUCACACAACAUCCCUUUGCCGAAGGCUUGGAGUGAAGUGGGGGUAGGGUAAGAGCAGCUUACCAGUGAAGGUUUAUGGGAAGACAAUGUAUCGCCUGGUGAUUCUACUUUUAGUGUCCGCUAUGUUUUGGACAAAGCCUGGGGCAUCCUACCUGUCACGCAACACCACUUUGCUAGGAGUGAGGAGUUGGGUGGGGAAAUGGUAAAAGCAGAUCACGUGUGAAGGAUGGUAGGAAGACUAAUGUAUUUCCUGUGGGUUCAAUCCACAAAAUGUCUACCAUAUUAGACAUAUUGGGUGCCAUAAUUAAACUGAAAUGCCACAAUCUUACUAUUCUGCAUAAUACGCACAUCGGUUAGCAUGAAAACGCGCGAUAAUGGGAUGUAGGGCGAGAGGGCUCAAAUAAAUGCUACAAUAAACUGAUAAAAGGAAGAUAUGUAUGACUAUGGCGCAUAUCAUGUAAAGCGCAAAAGUUGGCACUCAUUGAUGAUGUUCACAAGUAGAGCGAGUUGCCUAUUGGGAAUAUAAAGAAUCGUUGAUCUACUCUAUCGACCGCUUUAAACGAGACGUACAUGGGAGUUAUCGCAAAAUAUUGUCUCGUGUUCUUAAUCAACGUCUUGCGUGCACUACUUGCGCGAGAACAAAAGCAGUGGCUCCAAUGUAGUGGGCUGUAAAAUGAAUAAUUAUCACUUGAAAGAUAAUCCUAUGCGUUUAUUUGAACGCAGAGAUACUUCCAUAGUUUAAAAACAGCUAAAUAGAAUGCUUGAUACGCACAUCAUUAUUGAUAUAUGAAACACAAACUGAAUAAAUACAAUACAAACUGGGUGUCAGUGGGUAAAUAAAACGUCAACAGUCAGCAAUGUGAUAUUGUAAAAUAGCACAUGUAUUUGCGAGCUAACUAGUAUAUAUGAUCACGAAUUAAAUUAUGCUCGAUA